AGGUCGACGACUAUCGAUUGGUGGCGCCCAGCAGCAGCAGCAGCAGCGAGGGCUGCAGCCCCGCUUAAAAGCAGCCGCACCACCACCUACGCGCCACAAGUCGCGGAGACGCCACUGACCCCGCGACCACUCGCAAACAACCAACACUUCUCGGAGAAAUAACCGCUUAGCUAUGCAGCGGGCUCUACUCGCCUCCAUGCUGCUGCUGGCUGCGGCGUCGUGGGACGCACAAGCGGCCUCAAUUCCUUCCGAGGACGGGACGGACAGUCUGAGGGGCGCCCUCGAGGCCCUCGACAGAAGACAAAGGGCGCUGCAACAGAGACCGCAGUACUCGCAGCACCAACACGCCAACCGGUACAGGUACCCUCUAGAGAAGAAGGACAACCAGGUAGACGAAGACUCGGUCGAGCUAAUCGCCGACGACGGUCAGCCCGAAGACAUUGGCUAUGGUUACCAGAGGGAGCGUCACGAGGGCAAAUUGUCGCCCGAGCAGCUUAAGCAGGCGAUGCUUGCCGUACUUAGCGAGCAAGACGACAACUCGGACGACGAGGGAGAGGACUACAGCGAAGAGACGGAGGAAAAGCGAGGCGCCCCCGCAUCCAUGUUCCGCGAACGCAACCAACAAGGUCGGCAGCACCACAAGAGGUCCUCGCCUGCCGCCGACGACGAGCGCAAGUACAGACGCCUGCUGGCAGCCCUCUGGGAUAAAUACCAGACUGAGGAGCAACAGGAACAAAAACGGCAGGACGGAUAUGGAGGCUACGGUGGCUAUGACGGCUACGAUUUUUACAAUUCUCCCAUGGGCUGGGGUCAGGGACAUUUCGAUGGAGUGAAGCGCAACUAUGACGGCUAUGGCUAUGACCUUUACAACUCGCCGAUGGCCUGGGGCGACGGCCACUUUGAGGGCUACAGGAAAAGGAGCGCCGAAGACGACUCUUAUUAUCCUGCGUACCAACUGCCCAGCAAGCGAAUCACGCUGCGAAAACGUAGCUCCGGCGCCCCGUUGCACGAAAAGACCGACGACAAAACCAAAGCCGAGCUGGCGGAAAUCUUUGACAAGAAGGCGUCGGCCACGGACAGCAGCCACAAAGCGGUGGCGACCACCGCGAAACCUGCUGCCAGCACCACAGGCAGCGCUGGCAGCACCGCAAAACCGCAACAGAAGGUGAUUAAGAAGAAGUCAGUUGACUGGAGUCAGUAUUUCGGCAUUGACAAGCGCGGCAAGAACCUAGACGAGAUGGAUGACGAGGAGCGUAAAAUGAUGGAACGGUAUUACCGCACAUUUGCUUUGGCCACCACUUUGAAGAAAAAACGCAGCACUCCGAUGGUCUUGCACAGUGGAGAGCCAAAAUCUCUCGAGAACAUGGAUCAGAAGCUCAAGGCCAUGGAGGACCUGAUUGUGGACGAGGCUGUCAAAUUCACUGGCGCACACCAAGGCACCGCUGACCCCGCCCAAAUCAGGAAGAUCAAGGAACAAGUUUUGGAAAGGUUAGCCGCAGCCUAUAGUUUGGAGAAAAUGAGGCAGGCGCUUGUCGAGUUCCGCUCAAGUUUGAAAGGGCACUCCUUAGAGAAAAGGUCUGUUCAGUAAGUUGUUUUAAGAGAUGGCUCCGUUACUACACAGCAGCACUUAAAACAUUUGCUGACGUCGAGUUUUACAAGUGAUGUACGCUGACGAGGUCUCACCCUUCAAGCUCUUCUCUGUGAAUGGAUUGUUAAAUUUGGUAAAAAAGAUCAAGGAAUCCCUGUAGAAUUUUAUGUAAAAAAAUGCAGUGACCUCUUUAGAUGCUCCACUUGUAAUUUGGAACCCAAUGGUUGGGGAAACUCUUCAACAGGCACACGGCUAAAUUAAAAAUUUGAAAAAAAAGGAAAUUUAUUUGCGUCGUAUACUAACGCGGUGUCUUUUAAAAGUGUACUGUUUAUAUUUCAAACUUAUUCAUCGUAGGUGUUCCAAAAACAAAACUCACUUUUGGCCAAAUAAAAAUUAUAUUAAAAAUGCAUGAAUUAUUAAAUGAUGUCUCUUUGGUGAAUGUGUCAAUAACUUAUGUGCUUUAUCCCAGUGAAACUCUGCAGACGAAAAUGAUAUGGAUUGUUUGCACGUGCUUUAAAAUCAUUAAAAUUAUAUUAAAAUCAUUUAAGACAAAUUAAAAUUAAAAUAGGUCCAAAAAUUAAAUUAAAAACAAAAUGUAGGCUCUGCUUUCUUUGGACAAAAGCAAUAUAUUCUUGGUCUUCAAAAUAUUUUACUCGCAUCAUAUUCCAUCCGUGGAUCAGUUGCAGAAUUGCAAAAGACUACAUAAAAUUGUAUUUUUGAGGAAUUGGCAUGUUCUUAAUGGCUGAGCCAUUGAUUAAAUACUUGGUUAAAGUUAGCACCUGUAACUAUUUUUGUGCGCAUAAAAAUAAAUUAAAUAAUAAAUUCAGCAGAGAGGAAUGACAGGAAAAAUGACAAUAAAUGAGCUGUUGAACACGCGAGAGGUAAAUCUAUCCUGCAGCAUCCUGCCCCGUUGACAUCACUAACACAUAAAAUACAGACUCGUUUAUGGGAAAGCCUUAUUUUAAACUCAAAAAAAAUUCAUAUACAGGUCGACAGAAAGUAACGUCAUAUUGUUUCCUUCAAGCUCAUUCAUUUUUAAUUGAAGUGGGAAAAAAUUGGAAACUUAUAUAAAAAGCCGCACGAAAUUACAUCAGGACCAUACCAUACCAUAACAAAAACAUAUAUAUGCACGUUAAAAAAAUCCAAAAUAAGUAUUUAAUGUAAUUCAAAAAAAUAUGUUUAAAUUCUGUGUACAAGAAGUGAAGCCAGAUGAAGGAAAAAACGGAAUAAAUUUGAUCUUGAAA